CUCCAGCACGUGAACACAUUACCACACUAUGUCUAUCUUCACUGUUCUCCUCCUCUGCGCCCAGGCUUGCCUGAUCCAAACUGUGUGCGGUCAGUACCCGGGUAGAGGUCUAGGCGGCUGCGGCUGCGGAGCUGGUCUGGGUGGCCUCGGACUCGGCUAUGGAGCUGGUUGGAACGGACUCGGUGCCGGCUGGAAUGGACUCGACGGUGCCUACGGCGCUGGUUGUGGUUCAUACGGCGGCGAGGGCAUUGGCAACGUGGGAGUCGCCGGUGAGCUGCCCGUCGGUGGUGUCACCGCUGUCGGUGGUCGCGUGCCCAUCAUCGGUGGUGUCGAGUACGGAGGUCCCGCCUGCGCCGCUGGUGCUGUCUCUAUCUGCGGACACUGCGCUCCCACCUGUGGCUGUGGACGUGGCCUGGCUGGAUACUAUUAAACUAUUGUGAAUAAAACAAUAACGCUAUAGUAAA